GUGUGGCAGACCGCGGACGGCGCGGGCGCGCGUUCCGCGAUGAGCGCCCGCCCUGUGCGACGUUUGCGAUACCUACACGGCUACUCCGCGAACCGCGCUCUCCGGUGAACCCUACACCACGUUUUGUUGACAAAGUCGUUUUAAAUCCGCGUGUGUUAAUCUAAAAAAAAAACGUGUUCGUUACGUUUUCUUGAUUGCGCCGAUAAGCCAACUCUUUGUCCAAUAUGUCGAACUAAUUACCUUCUAGUUGGCAAUGACUUGUCGUUUGGUAAUAAAAACUUAAUUUCCAAUGAUGUAUCAAUAAAGAAUGAACAUGUCUCAUUAUUAAUAACGAAUAAUAAUGAAGUUACGUUGUUCGGUGUAGUGCGUUAGGAGUGUUUUGUGUUUUUUUUUGUUUUUGUGAUCCACCAGUGCCAAGAUAAACCCGUCAAAAUGAUGCAAGGAUUGUUGGAUUCGCUCUACAAAAUCUAUUCAGAUUGGCGCGCUCCGAUGGCUGACGAAUCUGAGGCGGCGAGGGCGAGACGCGCGCCGGCGCCCCCGCCGCGGCAAACGGCGCGCCCGCCCGAACCUCGCCCCGACCAGGACCCGCCGCCCGUCCGCAUGCCGGCCCCCCCGCGGCUCAUCCGGCCGUCCGAACACCUCGCGAUAGUGGAGCGAUCGAGAGAGCGACGACCGCCGCCGCUCGUUCCUUCCGUGACCGUCGUGCACGGUCCGAGACCGUCGCUUCCGUCGGCUUUACCCCCGCAACCGGUAUACAGACACGUCACCCCGCCGCCAAUGAGGAUGCCUGCCCCGCCGCCAGUUUCCGCCCCUCCUGCGAUGAGGCCUCCACAACCUAGAAGAGAUAUACAGCCUCAGCCACCAGUCCACGCUCAGCCCCUGCCGUCUGCGGUGUCUGCGUCUACGUGUGCCGCGCCUCGGACCAUCGUCAUACAGCGUCCAGACGCAAGACACGGCUUCGGUUUUACAUUAAGACAUUUAGUCGUUUAUCCGCCGGAGUCGAUUCAAGACCUUUACGAAGAUGCGCGGCAUUUGGCCGUGGGCGCGGUGGGCGCUCCAAUGGACACAAUCUUCGUAAGAUCGGUCCGGCCGGGAGGACCAGCAGCGCUGGCAGGGCUCCGAGCCGGCGACCGGGUGCUAGCCGUCAACGGCGAGCCGGUCGCGUGUGGACGAUCACGAGCACCGUACGCGAGGGUCGUGCAACUAGCCCAAAGAGAACCAAGAAUACUAAGGCUCACCGUCGUACCAAGGGACCACGAUCUGCUGCAAAGGUAUUUCAGCGAAGCCGCGUACAAUCGUGAAACGAAUCAGCGACCUCUAGACAUGCCUGCCCCUGUGGCGGAACACGAGCGAUUGUUCGACGCCCACCGGAGACCUAGGGCUGCGCUCCCGGCUCCACAGGCGCCUCUUCGACACAGAGACGACCCUGAGUACGCGAGCGUGGCUUCCAUCGCACCGUCGCGGUUCGAUAUGGGACGGCUGAGCGCUCCGCACUACCUUAUGCAUGAUGGAAGACGAGAAUCGGAUACUUCGCUGCCAUCAUCGGCCACAGAAAGCAAAGACAGUCUCGGUUCGUUCGACUCGAAUUCGACUCUGACGGGCCGAGAAAUAGACGACUCGAUCAUCCUCUCGAGAAUACGAAAGAGCUUGGAGCAGAAGGAAGCUUUCUUGAGGCGACCCAGCCAGCCAAUCGGAUGGGUGACGCCUGACGUUCCUCCGUCUAUCAAACAGAAGGAGUUCUACGCGAGGCCGCAGAAGUUGCAGAAGCCUGCGUGGCCUCCCCCCGCAGCCUCGCCCCCCCUCGCCUCGUCUCCGCCUCCGCAGCCCGCACAGGAGCAAAAGAAAGAUGAAUGCGCGAGCGUGGACAGCGGAACCUUCAGCGGCUAUGGAGAAGUUAACGGUGCCGCCGACAAGACCAGACUAAAACAGGACAAAAGUCAGUUUGUGACAACCCUAUCGAAAAUACAUGAGCUGUUGCCGACCAACGGUCAGAAUGGCUUGACCAAUGGCUCUGCGAACGGCAAAGUUAACAUUAAGGAAGAACUCGAAAACAAUCAAGAUAACAAAUAUCCCGUGCCAGAGUUGCAGCUUGUGACCGCGCGAACGAGACAGCUCGAAGAAGCCCGCGGCGGCGGCGAGAGGAGAACGGAGGUAGCUAGAAGUGAAUUGGCCAGACUCUCCACCACCAGACUGGAACCGAGCGUCGCUCUGAGGCGUAAGGAGUUUGAGAAUAAAACAGCCAGGAGGGAGGCUCGGUCUCUCGAUGUGCAACCGCAACAAGAUAUAGAAACGGAAGCGACGAUCGGCGGAAGUUUGUCAGGGAACCAACUGAUGAUCACCGGCAGCAAACAUUUGCAUUGUCCCCCUCCGGAAGGAUUCGUGCCCGAAACAGAAAAGGUUCAAAUGCGAACAAGGUCUAAUAGCACCGGCAGUGAAGGAUUGCCUAUUAGAAGACAUCAUGCCACAGAUGGCAGUCACGCGAAGAGACGUAUGGGCCUGAACAGAGAACAAAUGGAGGCGAUGAAUCGAGUGUCGCUGCUGGGGCCGCAGAGGCCGACGCAGCUCAGCCUCGCGCCGCCGCCCGCCUCCGCCUCGCCCUCCCCCACGCCCAGCACGCCCGCCGACUCAGGUUUUGCCGAUGACUUGGUCACGAGAAGACAGAAGAAGGACGCUCAACUUGGCGAAGAAGAACGUGCGAUGCGGAGGGUGUCGUAUCUAAAAGCGACGUGGGGCGAUCGGUUGCACUUGGACAGUGACGUGGAGCCAGAUGGCGACCACCACGCUCUACGGAGUGUUUAUCGCAAGUGGCGCCCUCCUCGAUUCACGGACGACAUAACGCCGUUGCUGCGAAUAUUCGACCCACACGCUGUUCUUCCUUCGCGCCCCGAGAAGAAGUGUGAUGAAGAAACAGCGGAAAAUUCAGAGGAAGCCAUUGAGGGAGAUGUUGAAGGCAACGUGCAGGUCAAGAUGGUGGUCAGCAAUGGCAAGAGAGCGAGCGAUAGAUCGUGGAAGCAAGUAUGGGCAGUGCUACAGGGCACUAAGCUGUACCUGUAUCGUCACCAUCCAGCUCAGAGUCCCGGUGCUGUGACGGCUGCCAGCGCGGACUCUCAGCAGUCACGCGACGCUCUAGAUGUACGCUACUCUUUGGCAGCACUCGCCGACGACUACACGAAGCGUAAACAUGUCGUCAGAGUCACUACGGCAGCGGGCGCCGAGCUACUGUUACAGGCGGAAGGUGCGGCUGACGCUCAACGAUGGCUGGCCGCGUUGCGCAGACACUCUGCGGAGCCCCCUCCAGCGGAGACCACGCCUGCCCAGACCACCACUCCAGCACCUGCUUCAACGGUAGCCCCUGCCGACUCCCACUCGCCAUUACCACCGCAAAGAAGCAAGAAAAUCGGCAGGAAUAGGUCACCUACUGGCCCACCAACUCCUACCUUGCCGUCUUCGCCGAAGAACAAAACGUGGAAGGGUCGGGUGGCGAAGCAGCUGCGUCGCAUGCACGGCGGCAACACGACGAGCAGCCCCCCCGUGAACGUGACGGGCUGGCUCGGGGCGCCGCUGGAGCGCUGCCCCUCGGACCCGGAGCACCCGCUGGUGCCGCGCGCUAUAACCUUACCGGCACAAGCUGUCGAGGCAUACGGUCUGCGCACGGUGGGAGUGUACCGCGUGCCGGGCAACGCUGCGGGCGUGGCGGCGCUGGCGGGCGCUCUGGAGCGUGGCGCGCCGCCCGCCGCCGGGGACCCGCGCUGGGCGGACGUGCACGUCGCCUCCAGUCUGCUCAAGGCUUACCUGCGACGACUACCCGACCCGCUGCUCACUGCACACCUAUACCCUGCCUUCAUCGCCGCCGACCAGUCGCCGGACCGAGCCCGGGAACUGAAGCGGCUCGUGCACGCGCUGCCCGAAGCUCACUACGAAACGCUCAAGUACCUGAUCCAGCAUUUGCGUAAAGUGGUAGCGCAUUCGGAGGUCAACCUGAUGGACGCGCGAAACUUGGCCAUCAUGUUCGGCCCGACGCUGGUGCGCGCCGCCAGUGACGAUAUGCUCGCCAUGGUCAACGACAUGUCCAGUCAAUGUCGCAUCAUAGAGUCCUUCUUAACACAUUACGACUGGUAUUUCGAAGAAGAGGAAGGCGACCCCCCAAUGGAGCCGCCCCCCUCCGCCGACGAGCUGUCCCCCGCGCCCGCACCCUCCAGAGAUUUACUCAUACAUAAUGUUAAGAAAAUUGAAGGUAAAGAUGUAUCUACACGAGACAUAGUGUCGUCGAUAAUUUCGGCCGCCAAUCGCAAGAUUCAGCGCAAGCCGCGCACGAAGCCCGAGAAGAAGUGGCCCGAGCCGGACAAGAGGAGCGAGGUGUCCCCCGGCGGCUCCCCCCCGCCCUCGCCCCUCGCCUCCCCGCCGCCCCACCUCACCACCUCGCUCGCCGACUACGACGGUUUGCCGCACAACUGCACGGGACAACAAGAUAGAGUUAACAAAAUUGUGUUGGAGGCGAUGAGCACGGUGGGCCGCACUCGCCAGGAUCUCUCGCGACAUUCGCACGCCCUCACAAACAUAACUAUAGACGGAACCGGAGACUUGGUGACAUCUCUGACCAGCACGUUCGACCAGAAGCUGCGGACUUUGAACAACUCAUCGCCGCUGGAUGACGGCAGCAUUCCGUACGCAGACGAAGGACACGACGAGCCCGAGGGCGAGUCCUCGUCGGAGGGACCGCAGCCUCCCUCCCCCGCCUCCCCCGCGUCUCGCACUCCCGCGCACGAACUGAAGGCGGCCUGGCUCGCGCGCGACCACCGGCACUCCUCCUCUUCGUCCGACGACACCGAGCCGCGCGUGUGGCCCGCGCCGUGCCGCACCGCGCCCCGCCCCGCCGACCGCGACCCCGACGACUCCGAGAAGGAGAACUGCGCCGCGCCCGCCGACCGCGACAAGGACGUGGACACGCGGUCGCAGGCCUCCAGCGGCGGCACGCUGCCCGACAACGAUAAGUCCAUGGACCGAACGUACAAGCCGUACUCCGCGCCGCGGCCGCCGCUCGACUGCGCCAAGCGGAACAGCGCCGCGCUGGACGCCCGCCCCGACCCCGGCCGCGACAACCAGGACGCCGACGGCGUCAAACUCAAACGCUCCGGGUCCCUGAAUCGCGACUCCGAAAAGAACGAGGCCCGCGUACUGCGCUCCGAGAGCCUCAACUGCCGCAGCGAACGGCUUCAGCGCUCAGAGUCGCUCAACAAGGGCGAGCGGCUGACCAAAUUCGAGAAGGGCGAGUGGAACGUGGUGAAGAGGCGCGAGGGCGGCGCCUGGCGCUCGACCAAGCUGAAACGCAAGAACGGCAUGCCGGAGCGCGGCAUCAAGCGGCGGCACACCGUGGGCGGCACCAAGGACUUCGACAAGGACGGCUGGAGCGCGCGGCACACGCGCACCUCGUCGCCGGACCUCACGCUGCUGCCGCCGCACCCGCUCGAGUCGCACGUGUGACGUCACGCCGCCCCGACCUAACCGUUCAUCGCCACCGAUGCGACGUCGCGGAAUCUUCAUUUCGAGAGAGGCUAUUAUUUUGAUUCGAUUCAAUUGACUGAAUAGAUUAGGUCACAAUAUCUUUACGAUAUCUGCAUAAACAUAAUACUCAGUCGUGAAAUUUCGACGUUUCAUAUUCCGAUUCGACAUAUUCAAAACUAGGUCUAAUCAAAUCGUAAUAGACGGUGCAAAACGAAAAUCUUAUAUAAUGAGUACUUUAUCGGUGCAAUACAAAGACAAGACACGUAGUUAAAAUUAUUUUGAUAUUCAACAAUUAGUUGAAAUUUCUGAACGAACGUAGCUCACUAUACAAUGCCAAAGAAUGAUUAAUAAAACCGAGAUAUUUUUGAGGAUUUUGCAUGCGCGGAGGGAACGAAUCAGUGAUCGGAAUGCGAGGACUAGGAUGAUAACAACGUUUGACAUCUCAUAUCAAGAAAAUUCAAUCGCCGUAUUGUAGAGGUCAUCGAGACGGCGACACGACGAAUAUGGACACAAACGUAGUUCCACUCAGAGGCAGGUCGUUGUGGGAACGUUCCCGAAAUCGAACACAGGAGACAGCGCCUAGACAAAAUAUUAAAUAAAAUACGGCAAUCGAAAAAUUAAAUUUCACGACAUAACGUUUACAUUACUGGUUCAUCACAUCGCAUAUACGAUGCUAUAGCACCUAUGCAAUUUUUGUGAACACUGUACUAAGAAAAUAUAUUUUUUUAAUAGUUAUUAGUGUGACGAUUUUUGAUUUUACUGAUGGAGUUGCAGUUUAAAUAUUAUCAUUUCAUUUCUAUAGCAUAGCAAAACUAUAAUAAGCUGUUGAAUUUUCCAACGUUUCUCCUGAAAAUUACAUAAUUUGCAUAAGUGACGUUAUUGCACCGUAUGUGCGACAUGCGAACUGAGUAAACAACAUUACGUUCAGCAAAUCAAUAUUGUUUUCCGUAACUGCGAGACGGUAUUUAACUGGCGUUUCGACUUCGGAAGCGCUCCUCUUGACUCUUUUACAAAUAAUUUCGUUACGAAAUAUUCUAACAGUGAAUCGAGUGGAACGUGUGAUCGGUGCAAAAAGCAUAACACUUUAAUGGUACUAGUAAUUAUUAUAAUUAAAAAAAACUUUAUGUGAGCCCGAAACCGGUAAAUACUUGAUACGGUAUAAAAUGACCGGGCUAGUAUUGUAUAACACCACUUAGUUGUAAGAAAUAUAAUUUUAAGAAAUUUAUAAUAAGUUCUCUUGGAGCUAUAAAAUAAUGGAUAAAGCGAAAUUAAUUUCGUACAUCACCUACUUGCCUACGCAACUAUAUUAGCUGAUUUGUAUUCUAUGCACAAUAUUAAAUGAUUGUAACUUACAUAUUUCGAUGCUUAUAGUUACCGUUACAGUCAGAAAGCUAACGGCGAUAGUGUAGAGAAGUCAUAAAUAAAACUAGAAUUAUUUAUAAUGUAAUUGUAUAACAGAAUAUUUGUUUUCAUUAUAAACAAAAAUAAUGAUUCGUGAAAAUGUAAAUAAAUGUAAUUGUAUUGAUGAUUAUUAUUUUAGAAAGUUCAAUAUAAUUAAUUAUAGCGACAUCAAUAAUUAUGUAAUCGGUGCGUUCUUUCGCACGUUAACACUAUCGCAGUGAUAAUUAAAUUAAAGUGAUCCUCCUUUGUAUAAAUUGUACAUUUCUUUUACUAUUAAUUUAUAUUUGUUAUACUAGGCUUUGUUGAAUGCAAAUAUUUUUAUCUGUUUUGUUUAUUCGAAGGAGUGUUUUAGGCUAAAUUCUAUUGUUAUUUAUUGUUUCGAAAAAACUGAAAAAUUAUUUGAUCCUUUCUCUUAUGAUUUUUAAAUGUAAAUAGUGAAAGUAUUGUCGGCAGAAAAAAAAAAACAAUGUUUUCGACAUUUGGUUCUAACUUUUUUUUUAUAUAAUAUAUAUUUAUAAAUUUUUAUACCAUCUUUACGUUAAGACGAUCUCAAUUUUGUUGAAUGUUUGCAAAGCGUUCCUUUUAAAGUUUUAUUUGUAAAUAUAUCAUUUACUUAAAUUGUAGGAACCCUGAAUUUACUAAUAGUACUGGAUCGCGUAGAGUUUGUAAGUUAGUUCGCCUGACAAAAGACAAGCCUCAGUAGAGGCAGACCGCGAGCGUCCGCCUCCGGACUUGUGUCAAUCAUGAAAUAAAUUCAUAGCCUUCGUAUUAACUGUUAUGAAAUAUAUUAAGAACACACCUUAAAAUACGCUAACGUGAAUCGAUCCAGAUUUACAAUAUUAAUUGUCAUUGUGUAUAUUUUGGAGCAAUGAAAAUAAAAAUAUUGAAUCAA